GUAUUUGAAUAGAAACUAUCAAUUCUAACCUUUUGAAAUAACACCUGCUUCUUUGUGUCAAUAAUUUUACAGUCAAAUAGUUAGACAUGUUUUUAUGACACUGGACCUAUAUUUUGCCUCUGUGGCAUGGGAGAUAUUGUGUUUUUAUGACAAUGGACCUUUAUUUUCCCUCUGUAGUAUGGGAGGUAAUGUGUAUUUAUGAUACAACCUGUUGUUUGUCUCCCAUGGGAUGACAUUGGACUUUGGUAUCCCUACAGUCGUGCUCUUGAUAAAGGUCUUAACUAUUACAUGAGAAAAUAUAAACUGCAUUUAGUUGAUACUCCCACCUGCAAAACCUAUUGUGAAAACUAUAGGAAGUGAUGACAUAAUCACCUGUGACCUUUUAUGGAAGUGCUGAUCUGUUCAAUCAGGACUCUGUGCUGAACUGGGCAUGCUCAGAGCUGAUUUGUGUGAAUGAAGUAGAUCUUUGUAGAACCUCAGAAAGGGGGAAACUAUCACACACAGCACCAUCCAUUAUCAGUAGUCAUAUUCUGGAAAUGCUUCUUAAGCUUUUUUUCUGUGGUCACAAAAAGUCUUUGUUUAAAACUGGUGUUGCUAGUGAAUUCUAGAGAAACAGUUUAUGGUGUCCUGGUUGGUUUUAUUUUUCUGUGCAUGUAAGCAUGGUCAAUGCUAAUCAUAUGGCAGCUUUUUAGUAUUUGUGUUUGUGUAUGUGUGGUACAAGAAUGUGUCAACUGAACUGAUCACACUACAGCAUGGACAUAGUAUGUUUUCUCUCAGUACUGUGCUUUCAUGCACAUAAAAUUUAUAAAAAUUUUGAUAUACUGUAUAUCUGUGUGUGUGCGUGUGCGUGUGCACUUGGAUGGGUUAAAUAUAGAGCACAAAUUCUGAGUAUGGGACACCAUACUUGGCUAUGCUCACAUUUCUUUGAUAAAAACUGCCCUUUAGGCAAAAAUUACUUGAGAUUUGCAAUAGGCAAUGCUCCAGAGUGAUCUGAUACACUUUCAUUUCAUCCGUUCUUCCUCGCAUUACUUAGUAUUUGUCAAUUUAAUUUGCUUCUGUCAAUAAUGACUUUGUAAUUGUGGGAAAAAUCUUGUUUGGCUGGGAUAUUUUCUUCAUUUGAUAGGACAAGUCUUUGUCUAUACAUGUAAAUAGCAUGUAUGCUAUCCAUUUUCCAGGAGCAAUUCAAUUGGAGGUGAAGAGGCCUUUAAAGUUCCUGAUAUUGUUAAAUCCUCACAGCGGUAAAGGGCAUGCACAUGCUCUUUUCAAGGGGAAUGUGCAACGGAUGCUACAGGAUGCUGGGAUACAACAUACACUCAUCAUUACAGAACGCCAGAACCAUGCACGUGAGCUUGUGCGGGAGGCAGACUUGUCAAAGUGGGAUGCUUUGGUCAUCAUGUCUGGUGAUGGCCUGCUAUUUGAGGUGGUAAAUGGGCUGAUGGAGCGUGAGGAUUGGGAAGAAGCUAUUCAGACUCCUCUGGGAGUGCUUCCAGGGGGCUCUGGAAAUGCACUGGCAGCUUCUAUACACCACUUUUCUGGUUUACAAGCUGUGUCCAGUGAGGAGCUGUUGAUCAGUUGUGGCUUCAUCUUAUGUAAAGGCCUGGUGUCACAACUGGACCUCACGUCUGUCUGCUUGGCUUCCAGUCAGCGCUUGUUCUCCUUCCUGUCUCUGGCCUGGGGCUUUGUGUCUGAUGUAGACAUUGAAAGUGAGAAGUAUCGCCAUGUGGGAGCUGCCCGAUUUACAGUGGGAACCCUGGUUCGUCUGGCUUCGCUAAGAGUGUAUAGGGGGAAACUAGCUUACUUACCCACAGAGAACCCCAUGUCUCAACCUAGUCUGGUGGAUUCAACUGCAACAUUUAGACAAAGAUUGCCCCAGUCUAACUCUGAUUCCUGCUGUCCUUCAAAUGGCUUACUUGGUCACACUCUUCAAAAUUCCAGCAAUUCCAACAAUACUCCCAAGUCAAAGCAAUCCAACCCAUCACCUUUGUCUGUAUUUGGUCCUACGGACUUCCUACUCAACCCCCUAAACCAGCCGGUACCAGGACACUGGACAGUGGUUCAAGAUGAGGAUUUUGUUCUAGUUGUGGCCAUGUACCAGUCACACCUUGCAGAAGACAUGUUGGCUGCACCUGCUUCCAGACUCGAUGAUGGCAUAAUCCACCUGAUUUAUGUAAAGGCAGGUAUCUCUCGCAGAUCUCUCCUGCACCUAUUCCUAGCAAUGGAAAAAGGAGGUCAUCUUAACACAAACUGCCCUCAUGUGGUUUAUGUAAAAGUGAAGGCUCUACGUCUUGAACCAUACUCCCCCAAAGGAAUCAUUACUGUGGAUGGAGAGCUGGUAGAUUAUGGACCAGUACAGGCACAAAUUCAUGGCAGCCUGGCAAGACUCAUAGCUUGGUGACGAAACCGAUAUGGUGCUGGCAGUUUUUUUUGUUUUUUUUUCAUGUAUAAUGACGGUAGAAGGGGACUGGGGGUAUCAAGCCUUGAAAUAAAUAAAAGUAACACAUCUGCCACAUGCAUUGUAUCACAAGCAUUUCGAAGCUAUAUAAUAGGUUUUUUAAUGUGACUAACAAAAUUGAAAUUGAAUGAAAUUCAAGUUAUUUACAGAAAAUAUUCCCCUGUGCCAUAGUUCUGAAAUCAUUUAAGGUUCCACUGUUAAAACAUAUGGUCACAAACCUAUUGGUAUUUUCGAUGUCUAUGUUGACACUAGUCGAUUUCUCAGUGUUGGUGGAAGGGCAGAUUAUCACUGACAAAUUACAUUUUUGUCUAUGCUUUACACAGCGCUACCGUACCAUAAACUGUGUACUUGGAAUAUAGUGCAUUAGAAAAAUGAACUACUUUUAUGAUGCUUUAGUGGUAUUUUUUCUGUUAUCAAACAUCUCUUAUCCUUAGUCUAAAUGUCAAAUGAACACAAUGAGUGUUAAAAUAUACUGAACAUCAAGAAAAAUACAAGACUGCUUUAACAAUUUGUGGGGAUAAAGAGGAAUCAUUGGUUAGUAGAAGCUUCCCUGCUGGUAGGCCUUUCUUCUGACUCAGCUGUUAGUACCUCAUACAUAUGUAUAGGGAGUUAUGGAUGGUUACUCACAUUUUAAAGCUUUACAAGUGACCUGGGGUCUCAUUUAUAAACGUUGCGUAAGCACAAAAUGGUCAUAGAAAUUGCGUACGCAAUUUUCCAUGCACAUAUCGGGAUUUAUAAAAAAUAAACUUGGUGUUAAUAUGUACACCAAGUAUGGACAUUCUAGACCAUGGGUACGCACUCUUUUUCCUGAAGUGAGAAAAGUAAUGAAGUAAACAACGAUUUUAAAAUCUGUUUUCAUUUUGAUAUAAACAUUUACAUUAAAUAUUCCAUUCUCAUUAAUGGAGAUAAGCACUGAAAUUACAUAAAAUCAUUACGCAGGAGUUAAAGAAAAAUUAUAUGAAUUUAGGCAUAUUUAGUGGAAUGCACUUGAUCCCUUUUCCUGUGGCAUGCUGUUUUAAUGACAGCGAGGAGUGCUAUAGGUGCACAAUAAUUCAUCUUUAAACUAAACUGCAGAUCUCAUGCUAUGAGAAAAUAUUUUAGUGAGAACAAUGAUGC